UCCACCAACUCCCUCAACUGUCUACACUGUAAUGUACGGCAUGGCAGACCACCGCUCCCGCCAUUUCCCGCUCGAAUACCAUUGGAUGGUUAAGCCCCUCACCAGUCGACCUCAAGAUCCUCCUCGACAGAAACAAGGAGAGGGAGAAGAACGACAACAACGAGAAACCCGUUGGAACGAUUCCUCUCCUGUGCUAACCACUCCUCAGUGGCAACAGAGCCUCGAUCAACCCCAAAAAAUCCCAAGAAACAGCGGAAACCCCGAGAUGAAAUCCCGAAAUCGGAGUGUAUAUGUGUUCAAAACUCAGUUUGUCAAAAAAUCUGAACUCAAUUCUACCGACUCUGUACUGAGCGUUUCGGAUGAAGCACUAAAUUCUUCCAAUAGCGCGGAGGAUUUUCUGAUAAAUGAAGUGAGUAGUUUGAGUUUUGUUGGAAAUGUGGAUGGGGACGAAGAAAAUGAAGGAAAUGCAAAAACUGACUGCAACAAGGAAAGGAAUGAGAGGGACGACUCAGGAAGUGGUAAGGAUAAUAUUCUUCAAAUAUUGGAGGAGUUGAGGUUAAGCGUGCAGGAGCCUCUGCUACCGGAGGAGCAACUGAAGUUGGAUGAUCAGUUGCAGGAAGAUGAGUUGCUUGCAAUGGAGUCCAUUUAUGGAGAUAGUGUCUUCAUCUCUGCCAGAGAGAAAGACCUGCGAUAUUUUCAGAUUCAUCUAAACAUUGAAGCUUCUAGUGAACUUGCUGUAACUGCAAACCUAAAUUCUUCCGCUGAUCCCAGGAUCAAAACGGAAAAAUCAGAUGACUUCUUGUACUCAUUCAAAAUCCGAUAUCUUCCACCAAUUGUGUUGACCUGUUUAUUACCCAAGUCGUACCCAAGUCACCUACCUCCUUAUUUUAUCAUAUCUGUUCAGUGGUUGGAUCCUGCUAAGAUUUCCAGUCUCUGCUCCAUGCUAGACUCAAUAUGGAAUGAGCAGCUGGGGCAAGAAGUUCUAUAUCAAUGGGCAGAAUGGCUACGGCAUUCAUCUCUUUCUUAUCUUGGGUUUGACAAAGAAAUUAUUUUUGGUCCUUAUGACAUCAAAUACAACGAAGAUAAGCGUGCAGUUUCAGGAAGUCUCUCUCUUGAUGUUGAUGUGCCUUCAAUUAGGAGUUAUAAUGAAGAGAAAUGCCAUGAGAAUUUCCUAAAAGGCUUGCAUGAGUGUUGUAUCUGUUUUAAUGAAUAUGCAGGUAUUAAAUUCAUCAUGUUGCCUUGCCAGCAUUUCUUCUGCUGGAAAUGCAUGAGGCAAUAUUCCAAUGUACAUGUCUCAGAAGGCACUGUAAGCAAACUUCAAUGUCCAAGUGCAAAAUGUGGAUGUAUGAUACCACCUGGUUUGCUGAAACAGUUGCUGGCCGAUAAAGAAUUUGGACGUUGGGAGUCAUUGAUGCUACAAAAGGCAUUAGAGUCAAUGUCUGAUGUAGUUUAUUGUCCGAGAUGUGAAACAACCUGCAUAAAAUAUGAUGAGCAACACGCCCAAUGCUCCAAGUGCUUCUUCAGUUUCUGUGCUCUUUGCAAGGAAAAACGUCAUUUAGGCAUCGAAUGUAUGACUCCUGAAAUGAAGCUUAUUAUCUUGCAGGAACGACAGAAUUCAUCUCAACUGACAGAAGAUCAAAAGCAGAAGGAGCGUGAAAUGAUAAAUGAGAUUCUGAGUGUCAAGGAAAUACUUAAAGAUGCAAAACAAUGCCCUACUUGUAAAAUGGCAAUCUCCAGGACUGAAGGUUGUAAUAAGAUGGUAUGUAACAAUUGUGGAAAGUACUUCUGCUACCGCUGUAACCGGGCCAUUGAUGGAUAUGAUCAUUUCAGGGGGAGGGGUUCCUGCCAACUGUUCUCGCAGCAAAUGGUACAGAAUUGUGAGGUGAGGGUUAACGCUCGCCAGGUUGUGGGUCAGGCUCGAGCUGAACUCUAUGUGGAACGUGCUCACUUGUGUCCUAAUUGCCGCCAAUUCAAUGCGAAGGUAGGGAAUAACAACCAUAUUCUUUGCCGGACAUGCCAUGUUCAUUACUGUUAUUUGUGCAAAAAAAUUGUGAGGCGUAGCUCUCAGCAUUAUGGACCCAAGGGUUGCAAGCAGCAUACAGUCGGCUAAGUUGUGCUUCUC